AUGCAACGGCGCUCACCAAUAUUUUUUAUAAUUUUAUAUUUUAUAUCUUUUUUUAAUGGAUCUAGUGCUUAUUUGCAUUUAGGCUCAAAAUAUGGAUUAGACAAUAGAUAUGUAAAAGAACAAAAUCCGUAUGAAGAAACAUUUUUAGAGCCCAAUGAACAGCAACAAAUUGUAGAACCUGAUUCGUAUUAUGAUAUUACAGUUGAUGGUAAUAAUGAUAAUCAACAAUCAUUUCAACAACAAUUACCUGAAGAUGAAUAUUUACAGUACUAUCCACCAUACGAACCUAUGACUCCUCAAAAAGCUGCUCGUAUUCAAGAAUUAAUAAAAGAAUUAGAGAAUGAAAAAGAAUUUGUUAACAUCAAAGCUAAUGUACCACAUCAAAAAGAUAAUGGUGAAAUUGAAAAAUUUAUAAACCAGGAACAAAAUAACAUUCAUUCUAAAUCAGAAGAGAAGUCAGAAGAAGAAGUUUUUCAACCAUCUAUAACUAAAUCAAAUGAAAAAGAAAAAGAAUUAUUAGUAAAACCUGUAAAAAAAGGACAAUCAGAAUUUGUUGAAUAUGUUGAACCAACUAUUUCUAAAGGACAAAAGAAUGUACAAAAGUUUGACUUUAUGGUUUCAUCUUCAGAUAAAUCCUCUUCAAUUGCUGGAGUUUUUUCAAAUGGUAAUAUUUUUAUGGGAAUUAUCAUGUCAAUGUUAAUUGUUGGUGUCAUUCUUGGUACAUUAACUGGAGGGUAUUAUUAUCGUAACAUAUACCGUAAUCAAGAUCCAGAUUUUUCUGACUUUACUCACUAUUCACCAACUGGACCAGGACGUGAUAAAAAGUCAAAAAAAUAUAUGAACGGUCAUUCAUUAGAAACAGGAGAUGAUACACUUGCCUACAAAGCACAACUUCAACAUUAUCAACAGGCUAAACAAAAGAUUAUCUAUGGAGAUGACGUUGUUGGUGAAGUUAUACCAGGAGUAGAUUAUGAUGAACAAAAUAGUGAUGAAGAAGUUGAUGGAGAUAAUAACUAUUCUGUUUAUGAAUGUCCUGGUUUAGCACCAACUGGUGAUAUAGAAAUAACUAAUCCAAAUUUUGAAAUCAAUCCUACACAAUAA